AUGAGUGGACUAGUUGACAGUGAACUUGUGAAAGUUAUGGGAUGUACCACUGCCAAACAAAUUUGGGAUAAGCUAUGCAGUGUUCAUGAAGGAGACACCAAGAUCAAAGAAGCAAAGCUACAAACUCAUAGAGUCCAGUUCGAGUGCCUAAAGAUGGCUGAAGAUGAAACUAUCGAGGCUUAUAUGUUGAGGGUUAACGAGGCAAUCAAUGCCAUUAGAGGACUUGGGGAAGAAAUCAAAGACCCUGUGAUUGUAAAGAAAGUGUUAAGAUCAUUGCCACCCCGGUUCGAUUCGAAGGUGUCUGCCAUUGAAGAAGCAAAGGAUCAUGAUACAUUUAGCAUGGAUGAACUGCAUGGUUCCCUUUCAGCUUUCGAGAUGCGAAUUGACAGGCCUAAAGCUACUGACAAGACAGCUGCAUUCAAGGUUCAAAAGAAAAAGCAGAUUGAGCCCAAGUCUGAUGAAGAUGAUAUUGAAGCUGAUAUUGAUGAUGGUGAAACGAACUUCAUCAGAAAACUGAAGCAAGGUAAAGGCAAGUAUAAAGGUAAAUUACCAUUCAAGUGCUUCAAUUGUGGAGCUGCCAAGUGUCAACACAAGGGCAAAGAUGCUGAUGAAGAACCCAAACAAUUCAAAAAGAAAAAAAUAUUCUUCAAGAAAGGGAAAUCAAAGAGUAAGGGACUCAUUUCCAAGCACCAAAAUAGCACUUCAGAUGAUAGCUCUGAAGAUGAGUCAAAUGAUGAUACUGCAGAUGAGUCACUAUUCAUGGUACUAAGUGAUAUUACUGAGAAGUCUAAUGAGCACCCCACCACUGGUGAUAAUGAUGAUGAGGAGGGUAGACUUAGAAGGAGAGCUUGUUGCAGCUCUUGA